AUGGGUCGAGGAUCAAAUUCAUUUUGGUGGUUGUUUUCAGUUACGACGGCGGCUAUGGUUGUGAGAGUGGCGGCCUCUUCUUCACCAGAUUACGCAGAUGCAUUGUCAAAGAGUAUCUUGUUUUUUGAAGGCCAGCGGUCUGGGAAGCUACCUUCUACCCAAAGAAUGACUUGGAGGAAGGAUUCUGCUCUUCUCGAUGGCCACCAGAUCGGUGUGGAUUUGGUUGGAGGCUACUAUGACGCCGGAGACAAUGUGAAAUUUAACUUUCCGAUGGCCUUCUCGACAACUAUGUUAGCUUGGGGAGUGUUGGAAUUUGGCAAGUCAAAGGAUACCGAUGAUCUGAAACAUGCGUUGCAGGCAAUUCGAUGGGCCACAGAUUACUUGCUUAAGGCCACAAGUGUCCCAGGCUUAGUUUUUGCUCAAGUGGGUGAUCCAUAUGCAGACCACAAUUGCUGGGAGAGACCUGAAGACAUGGACACCAUCCGAACCCCUUUUGCUGUUAGCAAACAAUACCCUGGCUCGGAGGUCUCUGCAGAGAUAGCUGCUGCCCUUGCUGCCUCUUCUUUAGUGUUCAAAUCCUACAAUUCCCAAUACUCCACUAGGCUUCUCAAAAGGGCUGAGAUGGUUUUCACCUUUGCAGACAUGUACCAAGGAUCAUACAACGACAGUCUUGGGCCAUGGGUGUGUCCAUUCUAUUGCGACUACAGUGGUUAUCAUGAUGAAUUGCUGUGGGGUGCUGCGUGGUUAUAUAAGGCUAGUAACUCACAAUACUACUGGAAUUAUGUCUUAAACAAUAUACACAAUUUGGAGACAACUGUGGUACAAAAUAAAGAUUAUGCUUAUGGAGGUGGCCGCUUUGCUGAAUUUGGGUGGGACACCAAGGAUGCUGGCCUUAAUAUACUCGUUUCAAAGCUAGUGAUGUCUAAGGCUGAUUACUCUGCUCCUUUUCGUUCUAAUGCGGACAAGUUUGUGUGCACGGUACUUCCUGAAUCACCCAUGAAAACUGUAAACUACUCACCAGGUGGGCUUCUAUUCAAAUCAGGUGGAAGCAAUAUGCAACAUGCAACUGCUCUUUCUUUUCUCCUUGUAGUUUAUGGCAGAUAUUUGAGCCAAUCCAAUGGAGUCAUUCAUUGUGGUGACAUUGUUGCCUCCCCUUCUAGGCUUAUACAAGUUGCCAAAAGCCAGGUAGAUUACAUACUGGGAAACAAUCCAUUAAAUAUGUCAUAUAUGGUGGGUUAUGGGAAGAAAUUUCCCCAGAGAAUACAUCAUCGAGCAUCUUCAUUGCCUUCCAUGAAUCAACACCCACAGCAGAUCAACUGCAAAGGUGGCUCUCCUUACUACUCAAGCAACAACCCAAAUCCUAACUUGUUAAUCGGUGCUGUUGUUGGAGGACCUGAUUCAGAUGAUUCAUAUGCCGAUUCUCGACCAAAUUUCGUGCAAUCGGAGCCAACAACAUACAUAAAUGCACCCUUUGUUGGCCUUUUAGCCUACUUCAAAUCAAAUCCCUUGUGAUGAGAUUUCUUGCUCCUGAUUUCUUCAUUAAAAAUUUCAUUUUUUGUUACCAAGAUAUUUGUAGAC